AUGAUUUUUGACAUCAAUCAUGGAAUUCAUGAUCAGCAACUCUACAAUUUUCCAACAGCGAAUGAAGUCGCUGCAGUUUUCGUAGGUGAAAAUAGUGAAGUUCCAACAUAUCGACAUAUUGCUGUUCAUCCACGUGGUCAAAAUCUUCAAACUAUUUCAAUCUUACAUCCUCAUUGUGAUCCAAUGACCUAUCCUCUUUUAUUUUCUCGUGGUGAUAAAGAAUGA